AUGAGCACCGACAACGCACAGGCCGCAUCCGGCGCUGCUGGCGCGACCGCGAGCGACAAGUCCGCCGGCGACAGCGGCAGUAGCAACAGCAAAGUGAAUGCGAUUUGGCAGCAGCUCAAAAGCGCGCACGGCGCCCCGAAAGCGCAAGGCGUCAACUUCAACAAGCUUUGGCAUGGCUUCCACAGCGAUUCCGCACAGGGCAAAGUAAAGCCCGGCACCACCAAGUCCGCGCCAGAACGCGGCAUCCAUCAGCCUACCCCGGACCCCGUCGCCCCAAAGCAUCUCCAGCCCCAGCCCCAGCCCCAGCCCCAGCCCCUUCAACCUUCCAUCAGCUCCAAGCCGGAUGCCAACACCGCGCUGCAGCUGGUGGCACGUUGCGUGGCCGGGCUCAAGGACAGCUCCCAGGCAGCCCGCCGCCGGGCCCUGCAGGACGUGCAGGUACCGGCUGAGUCCGUGCACUCCUGGCGCUGGGGACGCCAGCAGGGAGUGGCGACCUCCCUUCUGGACAACCCUGCCCUCAGCGAGCAGUGGCUGACGGAGCGGCUGGAGGGGGACGGGCUGGGUAAGGCCCUCCUGCGCCGCUUCGACGACCCCUCGGACACGUGCCGGGAGAUGGCGGUGACAGGGCUGUUGAGGCUGCUGCAGGCGGCACCGGGGGCAGUGCUGUCGCUGCUGCCGUACGCCUUCCCUGUAGUUUCGGAACGUGUACGACACAGGGAGGAGAGCAGCAAGACCCUGACUGAGCCCUGUGAGGAGGUCCGGGUGGCGCUGGCCAGGUUGCUCCGCUGCUUGGUGACGCUGGCGGGGAAGUCGUUCGGGGGUUACGCGGGGGAGGCGGUGGAGCUGGUGGGGGCCCUAUGUGAGGACCCCUUUCACGUGGUGCAGGAGGAGGCGUGUGGGGUGGUAGUGGACAUGAACGAUGUGCUGGGUUUGCGGCUCCAGCCCGUGGCUCGGCAGCUGGUGGCGGCGGUGCUGCCUCUCACCACCGCGAAGAGGCACCGGGUGCGGGUAGCGGCGCUGCAGGCGCUGAGGCCCACCAUGCACCAGGGCGCCCAUGAGAUGAUUUUAGAGAUGGUGGCCUGGCGGGACCCCAACGUCAUUCCCGUCAAGGCUUUCUACGGAGAUGACCUCAAAGUGAACUUCUGCGGCAAGCUGGCUGCCGACCCCCACCCUGCCGUACGGCGGGAGUUCCUUGCGGUGGUGGGCGACUGGAUGACAGGUUUGCGGGAAAGACUGGAUCACGAGUCCCGACUGCUGCCCUUCGUGCUGUCCGCCCUCAACGAUGAGGCGCCGGAAAUACAGGCCGACGCGGUGGGGCUGCUGGAGCGGUUAGGGAUCCAGUACGAGCAAGAUCAUGAAAAAGACCUCAAAGACGCAUUGUCGUACUUGCCAGAGGAAGCCCACGGCAUCGGCUGGCAGGCGCCGGGUGCGGCGGGCUAUGUGUACGGCACUAUUGCGGCUGGAGAAGAAGCAACUGUCAACGGCGGCCGCGCCGUCUUUGUGCUGCCCGGGCCCCUCCGCGGCCGGCCCCGUCUGGGCACUCGCCGCCUCGUGCAGUCGAACUUUGGUCGCGUGGUGGGCGCCCUGAGCGAGGAGCUGGUGUCGUGGCUGGUGGAGGCGCGGCGGCGUGCAGCUGCCCUGCUGCGGACGGAGCUGGUGCUGGUGGAGGAGUGGAGCGAGCAACACCUGCACCUGGUGAUACCGGCACUGACGAAGGUGACCCUUCUGAACGCAGAAGAACACGGGUGGAGCUGGGGUUUGAGGGGGGCCAUCACCGACCCCGAGGUGCGGUCCCUCAUUCGGGACUGUUGCGCCGUCAUCGGAGCCUUCACAGACCCGGAGCUGGCGUUACAGCUGCUACAGCCGCGGCUGAUGGAUGAGGCGAUGGCGGAUUUGGGGCACCGGGCGGCGGCACUGGAGGUGCUGGCGUGUGUCAUAAGGGGUGCGGGUCCUCGUCGUACCAUGGAUCCGCACCUGGGUGCCGUACUGGAGCUCUUGACUGCGGAGUCCCUCAUCACGUGCGAGGAUAGCAGAAUACGAAAGGCCCUUCUGGAGGUGGUUGAGCAGUUGGUGGCCACUUGCGGCCCGGCAUGCAACCGCCAUAACUCCCAACUGCUGUGGCUGUGUUUGCAUCUGAGAGCGCCGGGGAGGGAAGCCACGGCUCUCCAGCCGCCACCGCCGGCAGUAGCAGCACCGGCAGUAGCAGCGCUCGGGACUCCGGGAGAGGCGGCGGCGGCGAUGGAAUCGGGCACUGGCGGCGGGGGCGGCCCCGGCGGGGCGGUGGUGGAGGCUUCGCUACUGCCUCGCCUCGCUGAGGUGUGCGGUUUCAGCGGCGGCGUGGAUGAGAUGAUGGAGGCGCACCGGGCGGAGCUGCUGGCACAGUUGGACCCCAGCAGCUCCCCCAACGUGCUGCUGGCGACUGGCGUCCUCUGCCGUCUCAUUCUGCCGUACAGCUCCUUGUCGUACCUGCUGUACCUCCCCGAUGAGGUUCUUGGACGCGUCCUGCCCCCGGAGCCGCCCUCCAACCAAACCACCUCCCCCCUCACCACCACGCCUAUGGAGCUCGACGACAACAACAACGACAACGACCAAGACGCUGACGGCGACGCCGGCAGGGCGGCGGCAGUGGCGGCAGCGGUUGAAGAAGCCGCCACUGACGCCAUGGAGGAGGACGGUGCUGGCAGAGCAGCGGCAGCGGCAACGGCGGCACCAUCACCGUCUGGCCGUCGGCUGGACUUAUAUCAGCAUCCGCACGCCCACUCCCGUUCCCGCUCGAGCUGGCUCUGGUUCUGGCAGUCCACCAGCACCAGCGCCGUGUUGUCGCACCUGAAGGCGGACCUGACCUCCUGGCUGCCCCGGCAACCGCGAUGUGCCAUGAUGUGUCUCAUCAGCCUGGAGGCGUGUCUCAACAACCUGCCGGUACGAGACCAGCCAACGGCAGCGGCAGCGGCGCCGCUGCCACCGCCUGACGAGCAGCUGGCGACGGUUCUUAUCCUUGCACUUGGGGCCUGUAAAGAUCUCAGUCCGCCGGCGUUGCUGGCGGCGCUUCGAUGCGCACACGCUGCGUUGCGGCGACGGCUCCUGGCGGCCUUGACCACCACCAGUGCCGCUGCUGCCGCCAAUGCCCCUGCCAGCGGCGGCGGCGGCGGCGCACUUCACACGCCACCUCCGCCAGCGCCAGUGCAUGUGCGGUUGUGGAGUCAGCUGGUUCAGCGGCUGGCCGACUGCAUGUCGCUGGUCGGUAGCGCGGCGUGCCGGUUGCAGGCGUGCAACGUCCUUGAGAUGCUGGUGGGGUGUCCCGACGCUGCUGCAGCAGUGCUGCUUAGCUACUAUGGCGACGACGACAAGGGUGGUUGUGAUGGCGAUGUUGAUGGUGGUGAUCACGAUGACGGUGAUGGUGGUGUGCCCGCCUUACAGACCAUCUGCACUGCGAUCUCGUCCAGACUGUACGAUGCUGCGGAUGAGGUUCGUUGUGCGGCGCUGGCGCUGGCGCGGCAGGUGGUCGUGCUGGUCGCGUCGGCGUCGCAGGAGGGAGGACGAGGAGCGGCGGGAGGAGGUUCCCUGGAGGGCAUCGGCAGCGGGAGAGGCGGCGGCGCAGUGACACGGCUGUUGACCGAGAUAUCGCAGCUGCGGGAUGUGUCGCCCGGUAGCGGCUUUUACGACGAGUGGCAUGCGUUUCACGGCUGGAUGGAGCAGCUAGGGCGAUAGGUGAUGAUAGCGCAGUACGCACGUGUUUUGUCGAUGCUACAGUCGUAUGACGCGACAAUGAGGAGGCUUGUCGUUGUGUGUGUGUGUAUAUGUGUGUGUGUAUGUGCGUGUGUAUGUGUGUGUAUUUAUUACAUCUGCCCGGCACCUAACCAUACCUCAUCGGGGCGACCCCCGAAGCAUUCCGCUCCAGUUGCGGAGGGGCACAUGUAAAUCCAACCACAU